AUGGUACCACGCCCGGCCGUGAGGCGCGAACGCGAUAGUGACUAUUCAGCAGUCGGAACAGCAGGACGGCGAACAGGAGUCACUCUACCACAAGGAAAGCUAGACGAGAACGGGCUCGAAGAGAUCACUGGAUUAUUCUCCUCGCCAGUCAAACCAUCACCAGUGAAGCAGCAUCCUGGUGCAAACAAUAUCGAUGCACAGAACAGUACGUUGGAAGUCUCAGAGGAGAUGUCAGGCAUGGAUAGUUCUGGACUCACACCCACCCAGACUCUUUCUGCGCGCAGAUCUCUUGGUGCCCCGGCUUUACCCCCACCUCGAUCUACUUCUCCGAGGAAAAGUGGGAUCAGCGGCAGUGCGCGAAGGAGCAAUGGUAUCGAUAUCCUGUCGCCGUCGAAAGCUGUUCAAGUAGUAGAAGCGAAAAACCAUGAGAACUCUGCAUCACCUACUCCGAUACGGGUUAAACCUCGAAGAUUUGUACCCAGCCCAGAAAAACAACCUCUUAAAGAGGUUAUGGCCAACGGAGAGGCAGUAAGCUCAGCACCAGCACUAGCGCUGAUGAAGGCGGUCGAAAACUCGAAAGCCACAAGUAACGAGGGUGUUGGAAAGGGUCAAGGGGAAAAAUGGACAAAUCAAGCCGCUGAAAGAGAAUCACAAGAACAUAAUCUGACGGCGAAUGGAGAGCCUAAUCAGCCUACCCGAGAUGACGACUCUGUACACAAUCCUAUGGGUGAUGACGAGAUGGAGGAAUUCCUAAGCAGUAUUGAGAAUACCAUCCAGGAUGCUUCCCCUGUGCAAGAUAUUGCAUCAAGAUCUGUUGAAGAACCGAAAGCCAAAGGGGCCGAAAGCGUUCAGCCACUGCAUAAUCAGGACUUGCAUCAGAAGCCGACCGCCCCACAGAGCAAGGGCAGGAAGCGCAAGUCUGAGGACAUAGAAGCAGAGCCGACUUCAAUGUCUGCAAAGAAACCAGCAAAAAAGCCUCGUACAACAAAGGCAGACACUUCAAGAGCAAAAGGGAAACAGAAAGUUGGUCCAAGCAUCAACUUAGAGUCUUCAACAAAUCCAGCUGCUGUGCAAGCCUCCUCACAGCUGAUACCUCCAAGAAUUCCAGGCUUGAUCAAAGACGCGAACACUCACCUCUCACAGCGUCAACAGACAGAGUUAGAUCAGAUUAUCGAAAAAGUGAAAGCAAGACCCGGCAAGUUAAAGACCCUCUACGUCCUGAAGCGCGAAAAGUCAAGAAAAGGCGGUGCAGACGACGUGCGUUCAGGCCGUGCAGUGGUCAAACCAAUAGCCUACUGGAACGCUGAGCAAUGCGUACAUGACGAGGGUGGUGCAGCAGGACUAGAAUUAGGCGCACGUAUUCCUCUCAAUUCCAUCAAGGAAAUCACCAGCGAGAGAAAGCAAACUAAAAAGGCGGCGGAUGAAGAUUCCUCCGACGAGCAAGAUCCCAACGAAGAAGAUUGGGAAAAGGAAGUCGGCGUCUACCGCGGCCAGGUCAAUGCCUGGGUCAAGCCUGGUCAAACAGACGUAGAGAAUUCUGAAGUGGUCGAUCUAGCAUUCCAUCCGUCCUCGAUGCUUACACGCGAAGUCAAGGAUGCGCCGGGUUUCCGGUUCGCAAAGCUAAUCAGCAAUGAGUUCUUGGGGAGCGGGAUGCUUGAUCUAGCGCCAGGAAGUAUGAAGAUGCCGAAGAAUUCUAGGACGAUGCAUAUGUGUUUUUUCGUGUUUAAGGGGCGGGUUACGGUUCGGAUUGGAGCGGGAGUCGAGGAGGGCGAGUGUGAGAGGUUCAGUGUGGGCAAAGGUGGUGUUUUUCAGGUUCCGCGAGGUAACAGGUACUCCAUUGAGAACGAGUUGGAGAAGCCGGCGAGGAUCUUUUUCAGUCAGGCGAGUGAAACAGUUCCUAGGGAUGAGAAGACAUGA